AUGUUCUACCAGUGGGUCGACUACUGGAAGAAGUCCAUGGAGGCAGAUGGCGCCGCUUUGCUGUCCUCCGGAACCCGCGGCUUGGUCCACCUGAACCAGGUGUUUGUGACGCACAGUGCCAGCCUGGCAAACAAGGUGCUGGAGUACUUCUCGAAUCUGCAGCUGAAAAGCCAGGACACGGUGCCGCAGACGCGGCGUUCGGGGCUUCUGGAGCAAUCAAGGCAUCCCGACAACAUCAAGCACGUGAAGAGCUUCCCGUUGUUCAUCACGUAUCGGAAGUUCCUCAUCAUGCUGGACGGUUGCCUGGAUCGGCCCUUCUUUCCACGGCGAAGCACCGGAGUUGUUCACCCAGACAAGGUGGUCCAGGCAGAGGCUGCGGAUGGCUUGGAUCCCAUCUCCGCCCUCCGCGAGCAGCGCCGAGCCGCCGUCAGGGCCCAGGCCUUCGGCCGGAACACUGCCACCGCAGCCGAGGACAGAGUGCUUUAUGAGGUGGACUACGACCUCUUCAAGCUCAAGUUUUGGCCGAAGCUGUGCCAAAAGGUUCCCUCCGGCUGCGAUGCUGUGCUGGUCUGGCGUGAGUUCAUGUCAUACAUCAAGGGCUCCUACAAAGUGCUGGACUGCGAGCAAGGCUAUUUGGACCUGGCAACCUAUCAGGAGAUCACAAGCAAGUGCUCACCAGGUUUCAAAGACUUUCGGAAGGAGAUCUACGCAGCCUUCAAGACGUACGAGAAGCUCCGGGAGGAGUGGAACUACUUCGACAGGAUGGACGUCGCCCGCCAUGUCAUCCAGCAGCUGAAGCGGAACCCUUACGAUGGCCCUCCCAUCCACUCGUCUGCCGUCGAUGAAGUGCAAGAUCUUGCCCAGCUCGAGCUUGCGGUCUUCUUCAUGGUGAUGAAGAAGCCUUACGAGGAGCUUUUCCUGACGGGUGACACUUCGCAGACGGUGUCCCGUGCUGUGGAGUUUCGGUUCUGCGACCUCCAGUCUCUCUUCCACUACUUCAACCCACGUGAGAAAGUGCCAGAGCUGGAUCAGCUGCUGAUCAACUACCGCAGCCACCAGAAGAUCCUUGCGCUCUCCCACCGGGGCGUGGUGCAGCCCUUGGAGCUGGGCUUCCCGUAUGCCAUCGACAAGCUGCAAGCCGACACCGGCCACCGGGAUGGCGUGCUGCCUGUCAUUGUCAAAGACGUGGCCUUGGAGGAUCUGGCCCAGCAUAUGUUUAAUCUCGAUGGCUGCAGUGCGGGCAUUGCGUUUGGAGCCAGCCAGUGCAUUCUCGUUCGCAAUGAGGCUUCCAGAAAGAAGCUGCCCCCAUCGCUGUCCAAUGCCCUUGUGCUGACUGUGGAGCAAUCGAAGGGGCUGGAGUUCGAUGACUGCAUCUUGGUGAACUUCUUCACCGACUCGCUUUAUGAGGAGUGGCAGACGAUGAAAAUCUUCCUGCCCGACCUCUUGGAAGAGCAGCGCCAGGACACAACGGCGCAACGAAAGCGUCCACAGUUCGAGAACUUCCGCCACGCGCUGCUUUGUUCUGAGCUCAAGCACCUGUAUACCGCCAUUACGCGCACGAAGCACGUGCUUCUCUUCUUUGAGGAAGACACCGCCAAGGCCGCCCAUGUCUUCAAAAUGUGGGAAGAGCUUGGCCUCGUCAGCUCGUCUGGCCUCAUGGACGAGAAAAAUGCCGAGGCAAGAGCCCAGAUCCACCAGCAUGCCGGAGAGAACCGCGGCAAGGAAUCAUGGAUCCAUAUGGGGCACAACCUCCUCAAUCGGCAGCUGUACGAGCAAGCGCGGAGUGCGUUCCGACGGGCAGAGGACGAGAGAAUGGCCAGAAUCUGCGAAGGCUAUCUCCAGGCCCAGGAGGCUUUCAGGACCUUGGAAGAUUCCGAAGCAGAGGGUGUUCAGCUCUUCCGGGAAACUGCCAAGCUGUUCAAAGAAGUUGGCGCGCGUCGUGAGGAGGCAGAGUGCUGGAAGUUCGGACGCUACCCGCAGAAGGCCGCCCUCAUCCUUGAAGAGCUUGGCCAAGAACGACCUGAACUCAAGAUUGAAGCUGCCAAAACGUGGUCGGAAGCUGGAAUGUUUGUUCGCGCCGCGGAACUCUAUGAAGAGGAGAGCUACUUCGACGAGUGCAUUCAGGCGUAUCUUCUUGCAGAACAGAAGGAAGAGGUGGGCAGGGUGGUGCUGCUGGCGCACCAAGUCGAAGCGCUGAAGGCUGAGGAGUGCUUCCGUUACCUACAGGACAUCGACGAUCACGGCAGGGCCGGUGAGCUGUAUCUCCGUGAGGAGAAUUUCGAGCAAGCUGCCUCCUGCUUUCAGAGUGCUGGGAUGUUGGGGCAAGAGGCGUUUUGCUACCAAAAGCUGGGCCAGCCACUACGGGCGGCCGAGCGUUUUUCGGCCAGUGGCGAAGCAGAUCAUCUCAAGCAAGCCGCCGCCCUCUAUCAUGAGCAUCAGGAACAUGUCGCCGAAGUGAAGUGCUAUCGCAGCCUCCUUCAGAUGGACGACCUCGCAGAUCGUCAGCCGUUCAUUGAAAAGUGCAUUGACUUGCACAAGAUGCUGCAAGAAUGGGACCGGGCUGCUGAGCUGCUGGAGGAGUUGGCCGAGAUUGAACCGGUGAUGGAGGGCGACUACUUAAUGGAGGCCGCAAGCUUUUAUGAGAAGGCAGAUCAGCCCAAGAACCACGCCCGUGUCUUCGAGAAGCUGGCCGACCUUGGGGAAGUCCCGGGCCUCUUCCGCGCCGCUGACGCCAUUGGGUUCCUCAGAAAGGCGGCGGAGCUCUACUCCGGCAUCAAGGCCUUGGAAGACAGGCUUCGCGUCUCAGAGAAGCUCAGUGAAUUCAAGGUGUGUGGGGAUUUGGCGCGAGAGAUGCAGACGCUGGAGAAGGCGGCGGACUUUUACUUCAAGGCGGGAACAGGCGAGGCUCUUCAAAUGGCUAUGGAGUGCAUGCUUCAGGCCAAGGACUUCCGUGCUGCCUACAACUAUUUCGACCACCUCUCCCCUCAUUGGCAGUCCAGGCUGCCCCGUAUCGCAGCUAUGCAGGAUUCCUACUUCCACGUGUUCUAUUCCGCCCGCUCAUCCCAUUGA